CGGACUCAGGGCGAUGGUUCGGACUGACGGAGCCUUUUUUCAUACCACUACAGACGGAGGCAUGAACCAUGAGUAAAAUCCCCGUGCAACAGCCCAUGGAUCGGAUCGUUGUCUUCCGUGUUCGUCCGUAAGACCGUUAAAGGAAAGGAAAAAUAAAAGGAUUUCUGAUAACUCCCCGCGAAUUUCAUACUUCACUGCCCUUUCCAAGUGCACUUCCACGCUGUGUAGCUGCUCUUGAAGAUGAAGAUGAAAGAUUUCUUGCUUCAGCUCCUCUGCUUCGAUCUUCUGAUAGUUUCUCUCGUAUCUUUGGCCUCAUCUUCAGAUCCCAACGACGCCUACCCGGCCGGCUACGGUGAUGAUUCUGGUUACCGAUCGUGCGGAGUGAGUUCGAAUGGGCAAGAUCUUGUGCCUCCUCGGAGGGAGGUAUUUGACGACGGAAGGAUUUUUGACAUCACCCACACUUUCAGGGAGGACAUGCCUGCUUUUGAUUCGUCUGAGGGGGUUGGCCAGGUCCUUUGGCUCCCUUCGAGCAUGAAGAAUGGAUCCCGCGCCAAUAUGUCCGAGAUGAAGUUGCCCGUCCACACCGGCACCCAUGUCGAUGCCCCCGGUCACAUGUUCGACCACUACUUCGAUGCUGGUUUCGAUAUUGACUCCCUCGACCUCGCCGUCCUCAAUGGUCCUGCACUGUUAGUCGAUGUUCCAAGAGAUAAAAACAUAACUGCGGAUGUUAUGAAAUCUUUAAAUAUUCCUAGAGGAGUUCGUCGUGUUCUAUUCAGAACAUCAAACACCGACAGGCGACUUAUGUGGAAGAAGUUUGACUCAAGCUAUGUUGGAUUCAUGAAGGACGGUGCCAAAUGGCUGGUAGAAAACACUGAUAUCAAGCUUGUGGGAAUUGAUUACUUAUCUGUUGCUGCCUAUGACGAUUUGGUUCCUGCCCAUCUUGUUUUUCUAGAAGGAAGGGAAGUCAUUCUUGUCGAAGGCCUAAAAUUGGAUGACAUCAACCCUGGAAUAUAUUCUGUCCAUUGCUUACCUUUAAGGUUACGUGGUGCUGAGGGAUCACCAAUAAGAUGCAUUCUCAUCAAGUGAUAAUCUCUUGUAAGUUUAAUGUAGCAAAAAUAUUUAUAAAAGAAUGUUGCUUUUAAAACUGAAACUGUUUUCAGUUUUUACACUUUUUUGACUGUAUAAUACCACAUAUUGUAUCUAUAGUUGUAAUGUUAAUAACUUAAAGAGGAACCUAUAAUUGGGGUCGGAAGUUGAAGAAAUAUAUCCAUAUGCCAAGACAAA